AUGUCCUCCGUCCAGUGGAAGGGCGACGAUGGGCCGUUCCACCUCCUCCUGACGCCAACAACGUUUGAGCAGUACGGGUACAACGUGUGGGUGCCGAGCAUCCCCAACGGGACGAACAAGUACGACCUGCCGAUAAAUCUGCCGGCCGGACUGCAGUUCGUCGUGACCGUGUGGGGCCAGAGUGGCGUUGAGUACGCGGGCACGACAGACGUAUUGACCGUCCUGCCCUCGCACAACAAGACGACGUCCUGCUUCCUGAACAACAACCAAAUCAACGACCUGUACACUUUCGCGUUCAACAUUUCCGACUCGCACGACAGCCGGCCGCCUCAGUGCUCCAAUCUGACAAUAUCAUGGCCGACGUCGCUCGAGAGCGAGAUCGACAAUGGCUCUGACACCAACACGAGAACGGAGUCGUGGAUGCUCGACCGCCGUGAUGAGGCUGCCACCGAGCCCCUCGUCGAGCUCGAUAUGGAGCUUGAGGAUGUCGAGGCGCGCGGGGACAAUGACGACUUCAGCAGUGGUGCAAACCGCACGACUGGCACCUGGAACACGACCACCCCGCCGACAAUCUUUGGCAUCAUCCCGCUAGGCAACUCGUUUUCGAUCCCGGUCACCUACGACAAGGACCGGGAGAAGCAGUUUGGCCUCCCGGACCAGUAUCUCAGCCACAAUCCGACAACAUGGACCGAGAAGGGCGUGACGUCCUUGAAUUGGACGGUCAAUCUCGCCAAGGGCACACGCUUCAUCCUCGUCGCCGGUAUCGGGAGCCAGGAGCAGUGGGCGUCCGGCGGCAGCAGCGAGAUGAUGACUGUCGGCCAGGGGCCGAGCACCUGCUUCAACGUCGGCGGGUCGAAGCCGAGCGUCACGCUGAGCGGAACGUCGACGGGCGCUCUCGAGCCGACGGAAACCAUUCCCGACCCGGAACCCGACCACGGGAGCGACAACCAGACAAGCUCGCGGUGGACGGGCGUCAUCCUCGCGUGCAUCUUCAGUGUGCUCGGCACUGCGCUUUUGUGCGUCCUGUUCUGGUGCUGCUGUCGGGUGCGCCGCGAGCGACGGCAAGCCGUCAAGGCUGGGCGGCCGAAACCGAGUUUCGUCAACCUGGCGAGCUUCGGCAAGUUCGAUCGCAAGUAUAAGCCGCCCGACACGCAGCUUGACCUCAUGGGGCCAGAACAUCGCGACGACGCCAGCGACGGCACGCCGACGCACACUAUGUUCGGCCAGCGGCCGUACUCGACUGUCACAUCGCACGGUUACGACCGCGGCAGCAUGGGCUCCGAGUCAUUCGCCGACUACAACGGAUACCCGUACAGUCCGCCGCCGGUGGGCACGCGCAACUCGCUCUACGACGCGGCUGUUCCCUACCGAAGCUCAAUGUACGACCGCACCAGCGCCUAUGACCGGACAAGCGGGUAUGACCGGACAAGCGGGUAUGACCGGACAAGCGGAUACGACAGAGGUAGCAUGUACGAUGACGGCGUGCAGCCGUACUACUACCCGACGACCGGCAGUCCGACGACGACGAGCCCGCCCGCCGCUGCUGGAAGCUCCUUGCCGCGCAGGAACCAGAGCUACGACCACAUGGGCGACUUCAUGGGUCGCCAGCCCUCUAUGGACGGCAUCAGCUAUCCGCCCAUGGCGCACUCAUUGCCGCCGCUGAAGCGGCAGAUCCUGCUCGGCGAAGGACCAGAGGAACACAACGACUCGACGGAACAGCUUGUCCAGCUGAAGCGGGACACGAUUGCGGCACUCGACCGGCCCGGCGAAUCGUCUCGUGGAUCCUCCACGACUAGCGUCCCCGGCAUGCUGACCGUCGAUACGAACAUUGACCCAGCCAUGGGCGGCGUCUCCCCCUCGCCCAUCUCGGGACUCGAGGAGGACAACGACCCGCAAGGCGCGUACGUCGUGCACCGGGAUGCGGGGCGGAUCCCGAACAGCCCUACAGCGGCGAGCUCGCGAGUCGUAGAGCUGCCGCCACGGUACGAGGAGCUGAACUGGGACCGCGAAGCCAGCGGAGACGUCAUCGAGGAAGCUGAGGCCAACCUUGGUACGAUGCUGGCCUCUCCCAGCUCGCCGGCAGGGGUGAGGCACCCCCUCCCCCUGCCGCCAGGAGCGAGGAGCCCGCCCCAGAGCAGAAGCCCUGGACCCACCCGGUCGUCACCCGGCCCUAUGUCGCCGAGACCCAGGUCGAGCGGACCCGGCAGCCCUCUCUCAGGCGUGAGCGGCAGUCCGCUCGGGUCGCCAAGGACGGCGCAGGAGCCGCGACAGCGCGAGCAGCACGGCAUCAUCUAG